AUGAUAUUCUUGUCACCAAAACUUACUUUUGUUCAUAAAGGAGAUGCUAUUUUUGAUGUAACAAGUAAAAUACUUAAUUAUUAUGAAAUUAUUGUGAUCAGUAACUAUUGGCUGAUGAUUAGACGUAUCAGAGAUUAUAAAGUUAAUCAUAAAUGUGUGGAAGUAUUAAGAAAUGGUGUUUUAGUUCAAAAGAGAUGGAGUGAAAUUGGUAUUGGUGAUAUUAUUAAAGUCACAAAUAAUAAUAUCUUCCCAGCAGAUCUUGUACUACUUUCAUCUAGCGAACUGUAUGGAACUUGUCACAUUGAAACUACACAUUUAGAUGGCGAAGUAAAUUUAAAAAUUAGACAAUGUGUCAAAGAAACAUCUUAUUGUAAAGAAUUAAAAGAUUUGAUUGGUUUAAAGGGAAUAAUUGAAUGUGAAUUGCCAAAUAAGUUACUUUAUAAUUUUUUAGGAAGACUGACAAUUAUGAAUAAUAUUCGUAUACCUUUAGAUAAUAAACAAUUUUUAUUAAGAGGAUCAGUUCUGCGGAAUUCAAAAUGGAUUUAUGGAAUUGUGGUUUACUGCGGUCAUGAAACAAAAAUUAUGCUUAAUCAAUCUUUACGCUCUUCAAAAGAAUCAGCAAUGAAAACAAUUCAAAACUCAUUACUGAAAACUGUUUUUGUACUAAUUUUUUUUUUUAGUCUUAUAUGCGCAUUAUUCUCUAUGUGGUGGAUUAAACACAAUAUUAAUAAACAUUGGUACCUUGAACAAAGAG